UCCGACCCCACUAGUUCCGGUUGGAAUUAUUUUAAGUUUUAUUUAAAUACGCAAAUAACACACAAAAUACACAUCAAAAUGACAUCGAGAGCCGGUUUAUCCAUGCUAGUCUUUGGCCGCAGCUUGAGCCAAUUCAGGGCCGUGGUCAGUGCACGCCAGUCAAGGACCUUGCGUCAGGCCACCACAGCCCUAGGCAAUGGACGCCUCUACAGCACCGAGAAGCAGCCGGAGGAGGCCGCUGCCGCUGAACAAAAUGCAGCCACCCAGGAGGUUGAGCGUCUUACUAAAGAGCUGGCCGAGUCCAAGGACAAGUAUAUGCGAGCCCUGGCGGAUGGCGAGAACAUGCGAACGCGCCUGAACAAGCAGAUUAGCGAUGCGAAGAUUUUCGCCAUCCAGAGCUUCUGCAAGGAUUUGCUGGAGGUCGCAGACACUCUCGGCCACGCCAUAAAGGCAGUGCCCAAGGACAAGCUCGGGGACAAUACUGAUCUGAAGAGCCUUUAUGAGGGUCUCACAAUGACGCGCGCCUCGCUGCUGCAGGUGUUCAAGCGUAACGGUCUGGAAGCUGUGGACCCAAUCAACCAGAAGUUUGAUCCCAAUCUGCACGAGGCUCUGUUCCAGAAGGAGGACAAGACCGUCGAGGCCAACACCGUGGUGGAGGUCACCAAAUUGGGCUACAAACUGCACGAGCGUUGCGUACGCCCAGCGCUGGUGGGUGUGUCGAAGUGUUGAUUGCUAGUUUCCCGACCCAUGUCCAUGUUCCGUUCUGUGUCCCCGCACCCCCAGCAAGAAGCGUUUACAUACAAAGUCUACGCCAUAGGAGUCUCCAUUGUUUGCAAUUUGUUUUAUCCUGCAAAAAUUCCUGUACGUAAACCCUAUGUAAAUACAAAUGAUCCAACAAUCCGUGAGGA